CGCGGUCGCCCUGGACCUGUGUCACCUGGUCUCCAUCCAGCCGACCUAGGGCUCCUGCUUGGGCCCUACUGGUGUGCCAUGGGAGACCCGGACCAACCCUGAUCCCUGCUCGGGAUUCGGAUUUCUGCCUCCCUUUCCUGUCCCUACGUGAGAGUCUCCACCAACUUCUUCCUGGGAACUCCACUCUGCCCCCUUGUCUUGGCCCAGGGCGACCUCGACAGCCCUGACAGUGAAGACUACUCUGGAGUACCUGCAAAGCCCCUCCACCCUCGGGGGUGGUCAGAGCCUCCCCGGCUCUUUUUAGAUGGAGGUACCUCCGGAAGGAGCCGGUUGAAUGGCUGUGGCCUUCACCCUGUAGCCACCGGUGACCACACCUCCCCUAGCGCAGAAGCUGCCGCCAGCGGGAAAUGCUAUUCCAGCACAGCCUGCUCCCCAGGAUCCUGGUGUGACAGCCAGGAUGGAGCUGGGCCCGGCUACAGAGACCUUUGUGUUGGAGCUGCGAUGUCUUGAGGAUGGGGGUCCAAGGCCCAGCACCCUCUCAGGUGGCAGUGGUGGGAGUGAGAGUCAGGAGGAGGAGGAGGCUCCAGAGGGGAGUAGCAGCCCGCAACCGCCAGCAGCCUCAGCCACAGUUGGGGUCAGUAACAUCACCGAGGAAGUCCAGCCGGGACAACUGCCACAGUUAGAACAGCAGCCAGAGCCUCAACGACAGCCACAGCAUGAGCAGUUGCAACACCAGCAACCCCAGAUCCAACCAUUAGGACCUCAGCCAGAAUUGCAGCCACCCCAAGAUGGGCAACAGCAACUGCCUCCACUAAGGCAAGAACUACAGGGAAACCUCCAGUCUACGCAGCAUGAGGAACCACAACCUCAGCUGCAGCUAGUGCAACAGCAACUUGGACAGGAGCAGCAAGACCAAGAGCAGCAGUUGUUACAACAGCAGCAACACACAGAGCAGCAAGGGCAGGAGCAGCAGCUGUUACAACAGCAGCAACAGCUGCAGCAAGUGCAAGAAGCAUUACAGCAGGAACAGCUGCAACAGCAAGUCCAACAGCAACUUGUACAUCAGCAAGUGCAAGAACAACUAGUACAGCAGCAGCUGCAGCUGCACCAAGUGCAACAGCAGCAGCUUGUGCUGGUGCAGCAAGUGCAAGACCAACAACUAGUGCAGCAGCAAGUUCAACAACAGCAACUCGUGCUAGUCCAGCAGCAGGUGCAAGAAGAAGCAUUGCAGCAGCAGCAGGUUCAGCAGCAGCAACUUGUGUUAGUGCAGCAGCAAGUACAAGACCAACAACUAGUGCAGCAACAGCUGCAGCAGCAAGUUCAACAACAAUUAGUGCAUCAAGUGCAAGGACAUGCAUUACAGCAGCAGGUGCCAGGGCAACAGCUGUUACCACAGCAACAACAGGAACAGUUACAUCAGCCCCAGUUGCUGUUGCAACAACAGGGACAGUUGCUGCUGCAGCCUGUGCAAGAUCCACAGUUGCUACAACAGGAACAGUUACAGCAGCAGCUGCUCCAACAGCAGCAACUGUUGCAACAGCAGGGACAAUUGCAGCUGCAGCAGCAUGUCCAAGAACAAGCAUUACAACAGCAGUUACAGCAGCAAGGGCCAGGGCAGCAGCUGUUGCAGCAGCAACAGGAACAGUUACAGCAGCAGCAGCUGCUCCAGCAGCAGCAGCUCUUGCAGCAACAGGGACAAUUGCAGCAGCAGCAGUUGCAGCAGCAGCAGCUCCUGUUGCUGCAGCAGCAGGGACAGUUACAGCAGCAGCUGUUGCUGCAGCAGCAACAAGCUCAGUUGCAGCAGCAGCUGUUGCAGCAGCAGCAGGCCCAGAUACAGCAGCAGCUAUUGUUGCAGCAGCAGCAGGAACAGUUGCAACAGCAGCAGCUGUUGCAGCAGCAGGAACAGCUAUUGCAGCAGCAGCAGCUGCAACCUGCUCCCCUGGAGCCAGAUGAGGAGGAAGAGGUAGAGCUGGAGCUCAUGCCAGUGGACUUGGGGUCUGAGCAGGAGCUGGAACAGCAGCGCCAGGAACUAGAACGGCAGCAGCAGGAGCUGGAACGGCAGCAGGAACAGCGGCAGCUGCAACUGAAAUUGCAGGAGCAGCUGCAGCAGUUGGAGCAGCAUCUGGAGCAGCAGCAGCAGCUGGAGCAGCAGCAGCAGCUGGAACAGCAGCAGCAACUGGAACAGCAGGAGGUACAGCUGGAGCUGACACCUGUGGAGCUGACCUCCGCGCAACCAGAACUGCAGCUGGAGCUGGUGCCCGCUCCAGGAGGCGGUGCAGCAGCAGCCCCUGCGACUGUCGUGGUGGCCCCUCCAGGCUACGUGGUGCUACAAGAGCUCAUGGUGCUGCCCACCGUGGCCACACCCACCGUGGUGGCCAUCCCAGGUCCUGCGGGGAGUGCGGCUCUGACCCCCGCAAGACAACGGAGAAAACGGCGGGCGAGAGACAGGCCGACCAUCUGCGGGGAGUGUGGCAAGGGUUUCAGCCGCAGCACGGACCUGGUGCGACACCAGGCCACGCACACCGGGGAGAGGCCGCACCGUUGCGGGGAGUGCGGCAAGGGCUUCUCGCAGCACUCCAACUUGGUGACCCACCAGCGCAUCCACACGGGCGAGAAGCCCUACGCCUGCACCUACUGCAACAAGCGCUUCAGCGAGAGCUCGGCGCUAGUUCAGCACCAACGCACCCACACCGGGGAGCGGCCCUACGCCUGUGGCGACUGCGGCAAGCGCUUCAGCGUUUCCUCCAACCUGCUGCGCCAUCGCCGCACCCACUCGGGCGAGCGGCCUUAUGUGUGUGAGGACUGCGGGGAGCGCUUCCGUCACAAGGUGCAGAUCCGUCGCCAUGAGCGCCAGCUGCACGGAGCAGGCCGUUCCAGGGGCCUGGGCCUGCUGCGAUCAAGGCCUGCACCCUCAGGAGGGACAACACGCACCCAGCAGGCCUCUGGGGCGCCUGGCAACAAGGCUUCGUGAUGGUGGAGUAGGGAGCUAGGAUGGACCAGACUUGAACCCACCCGCGAAGCCCCGAGCGGUGUGACAUUCAACCACACUUUACCCCCAGGCCUAGUUCGAGAACCUUCUGGAUAUCUUGAGCUAUCCUUAGGAAAGACUUCCAUCUUUUCCCAGACUCCCUCACCCCACCAAAGCACCAGGUUCACAGAUUAACCUUCCAUCAAAAACAAACAAACAAACAACCCCUCCCCCCCAAAUCCAUGAGACAAGAAGAGCUCCAUGUGUGAGAGAGGCUGCCCAAUUUUUCCCCCUCCCUGGGAAAAUUGCACUUAGAACUUCCAGGGUGGCAAACAAUUAAUGAGGUUUGAUGUGGACCAAACAUUAACCAGGAAAUGAAAUGUACUGGGUCACGGGAGCUCAGAAAAUGAAUGGUUCAUCCUGUUUAUUUUAAGAACAGAGAAAGGGGGCUGAGGAUGUAGCUAAGUUAAUAGAGUGCUUGCCUAGUGUGCACAAAACCAGGGUUCC